GCCCUGCCUUGCAUCUCAAGAGAGAAUGGAGGUGGCUUUUGUAUAAUAUGCUUUUGCAGGCCAUAUUCACCACUCAGUUUUGACUUGUUUAUUAAGCCGUGCGAACAUGCUCUGGUGAACUCUCUCGUCUCUUAUUUGCACAGCCCCGCACAAUGCCAUCAGCAGUGUAUUUAUUUUGUUCUGCGUGCUUGUCCGCCGUUGUGCUCGCAAGUGCCCAGCCGACGGAUUACGAGAGGAAAAACCCGGCAGCCGACGACCCACGCAUUCAAAAGCAGCAACCCUUUCACUGGGGUACGCCGCCGCCCAAUCACAGGGUGAAACUCGAUUUCGUCCCAAUUAAAGUGCUCGCCAGCGUUCGCCACGAGAAAGCGACCAAGUUUGUGCCGCGCGAAGAGGCGUUGUCCGAGGCGUCCACCCCGGAAGAGUUAAUUCUCGCCAAGCGACUGAAGGAGGCCAUCACGACCAAGAAAUUGGGCGAGGUGUACACCGAGCAGGGCUACGAGGACCAAAAGUACGACCACGGUCACUACGAGAAGCAAGGUCGGCUGCGCGAGAAGUUUGAAAACGAGGAGAAAAAGGAGCACCGUACGAAUGAAGACUCCCCAGAGGACCAGGCGCCGCACGCCUCGGUCAAAAUCCCCAAGAGCACAACGAAAAACGAGGCCUCGGUGACGGUGGAUAUCGAAAAGUAUCCGUUUUACAAGACGGCGCCGAAAAACUCUCCCCAAAGGUACGCAAGCAAUCCCAAGUUUUUGCCUGAUAAAAAGAAUAACCCUGACAUGCCGUUUUACGCGAGCACUAAUUACAAGGAAUGCCCGGACAUAUCCCCCGUGCUGAGCGUGGGGCCCGACGACAAAAAUCCCAAGGGGGAACCUCGUUUGCGUGGGCUCGGUGACAAGAUUGAUUGCCUGGUCUCCAAGUACUUUGGCUCUGACCCGUUUGAAAAUCCCUUUUUCAAGGAAGAGAAUGUGCAUGCGGACACAAUUAACCCCAAAUAUCUUUUGCCGUCCGAAACUAACAACGGACCGGUCCUUUUCAUUACUAACGCGACCUUCCAAGAAAUGGCCGAGAGCGAGGCCAAAAUGAAAAAAUUCAGAGACAACAACAGUGGCAAGCGGAAAAAGCAAACGGGAAAAAGCGGAAAAGCAACACCAGCGACGGAAGUGAUAGAGGGGAUGAUGCCGCCGCCUCUGCCUAUUAAAUUGAGAAAAACGCGUGACAUCAGCACCCCUUUAAUUUACUCGACGCGACAGGGCGGCGUGAAAUUCGUUGCCGAGCCGGAAAAAGGUGUCGCACCUCUGCCAAUUCGCCGCCUCUCCGCAAGCAGUAAAUACGGCUCGCGCAAUUACGAAGUGACUGAAGAGCCCGAGGAAGCGGCGGACUACCCCCUAGCGGCCAAGGUGGCCCGUCCGGUCAAAUUUGAGCGGCACCGACUGAACCAGGAAGAACGCGCUCUGUACAGUUCAACGUACGUUCCCGACACGUCGGUGCCUAACACGGGCGUGACCACCACAAUUUGGAAUGCAGCGCCCCGGGAGCCGGAAAAUGUUGAGUUGAGCAGCACGAUUGUUGAAAAGGUGGAACCAAGCACUUCGGCCAGGCCAAUCGAGAGCAGAAAGAGGGCGAGGGUGCACGCCGCCAUCCCAGAGGACAUCUUCCAAGGUCGAGGCGAGCGCCGGAUUCGACCGGCUGCUGAAAAUCAGCCCGAGGUGAAACGAACCCGGCAGCGACUGCGAGCACCCAAGCGUGUGGAGACGGUCGCCAUCGACUCGCAAAUUACCACCAUCAACAAGUAUGCAGAGCAUGUGACUUUAGCCCCAGAGCGGCCUAGAACGAGGCCACUUAUUCCCAUCGAAUCUCCCCCAGCGCCGGUUUCGGAGCAAAAUGCCAAAGUCACCGUAACUCCGGAGGCUGAAAUAAAAACUGGCGUGGAAUUAUUUUCGUCCACUGCCGUGACGGCUUCUCCGCUGCCCGAGACGACCACAAUAUUUGUCCCCGAAACAACGCCUGUGACCCUUUCGCCGCGGUCCGGCAGGCAACGGUUGAGGUCGAAGGUUGAGAGGACGAGACAAUCCGCCACCACCCCGUCUGCCGAGACCGAUAGCGGUGCCGAGAAAAGUAGUGCGAGACGCACCAGCAGACGCGGAAAGCAGAGGAGCAAAUCCGAUGAGACCGAAAAACCAGCAGCCCGCAACGCACCGCAGAGCAGCAGGGACGCGGCGCCAGAGGCGUUAAAUCAAAGAGCACGUGCGACGUCGCCUGUGAUCGCUGCCGCCGAUCGCCAGCAACAAAUAACACCAACGCGUACCAGGGGUCGAAAGCGAUUCAACCUGGCAGAAGAUCUCAAGACCGAGGAGCAGACGUGAAAAGUGACUGAUUGCACAAAUUCAUCAAUAAAAACCUUAAUCCCUCUUCCACCUCAUAACAAACAUCAUAAAUAUUAUACUUCACCCUUAAAAACUCUUCCGAUUGUGCAUGUGGCAUGUUUGCAGACGAGGCAUUAAAACAAAAAAAAUUGUCUGGGCUCUUAGCGGAACGACAGGCCGGCAUUGUUCAGCAACUUGUGGGAGUGGACGCGCAGUAAAAUUCAAGUGACUGUGAACAUUUCCAACAACACGCUCGAGUUGUACAGUGGCCACUACUGCUUCUUCUUUUCGUGCCCGGCCAAGAAAAAAGAGUCGACGGAAAGGCCUCCACCGGCCGCCGCCGCCGCACCUGUGGCAUUGUCCUUUUACUCUCAGCCGGCCGCCCCCGAUCAAUAUUUCGCAGCCAACGCCGUCCUCCCCGUCCAGUGGCUAUUCCCACACCACAUUACGUGAUUUACUUCGAUUCGCAUCGAUUCCCGAUUAAUUUAUUGAAAUAAAUUUACGUCUUGCCAAACCCGUGCACAAUCGAAUGGGACUUUUUUGCUCUUUUUUUAUUGUGGAAUAAAAUGUUUUAUUUAUUGUGGGCCCAAAUAUUCCACGAGCCACUGCUGAAAAAGAGGAGUGUUGUGAGCACAUUCGCGUGUUUACUUAUUCGAGACUCUCUUUUUCGCACUGUGUCUGUAUGUAAAUCUUCCUCUAGCUCUCUUGCUCUGUUUUGUAAAUCGUCUCGUUCCAAGUGUUUUUCCUCGUAUGUGUGUAGAGUAACCAAGUAGGUUGCGCCGCUUUUCAAUAAAAAGUGGAUGUUUAAUAUACUGUGGA